CUUGGUGUCAACAUCGAUGGCUGACGUUUUUCAGUAUGAGGUGGCCGAGUUGAAGAUUUUUUAUGUUUAGUGAAGCUGCUGCGAGAUCGAGUCAUUAGGAUUUUCAAAGAACGUCUGCCUGAUAUCCGAGAAUGUCGCUGCUGACUGACUUUUUGGUUGUUACUGUCUCACAGGUGUUUUUCUUUGCUGGUGGAUGGGUCUUCUUUAUGAAGAAGCUUUUCAAGGACUAUGAGGUGCAUCACCUCUCUGUACAAUUACUGUUUUCUAUCACAUUCUCACUCUCAUGCACCAUGUUUGAACUGAUCAUAUUCGAGAUACUGGGCUUUCUUGACUCAAGCUCUCGAUACCUGCACUGGAAACUGGGACUCUACGCUAUCCUGUUUAUGCUAAUAGUAUUCCUCCCAUUUUACAUUGGAUACCUCAUCAUCAGCAACAUCCCAUUUGUAAAAAAGAAGUUGCUUAUGCCUCUUGCCCUGGGAGCAUGGCUGGUGUUUGUGUACCUAUUCUGGAAGAUUGGGGAUCCAUUCCCAAUUUUAAGUCCAAAACAUGGCAUCUUGUCCAUCGAGCAAGUGAUCAGUCGGGUUGGUGUUGUGGGAGUGACUCUCAUGGCCUUGCUAUCCGGCUUUGGUGCUGUCAAUUACCCUUACACUUCAAUGGCUUACUUUAUGAGGGUGGUCACUGUCAAUGAUGUGUUAAACAUGGAGAAGAAGUUACUUCAAACCCUGGAUGUGAUCAUCAUGAAAAAGAAAAGGAUAGCACUAGCAAUGAAGGAGAAACAGCAGUCUGGAUCUGGCCGCCAGACAUCUGGCAUCUGGGGCAUGCUCCAGAGCGUCACCUCCCUGCCCUCUGGAUCAAAAGAAGACAUUGGCCAGCUGAAGCAGAGUGUGGAUGCACUGGAGGAGUUCAGUCGACAGCUGUUCCUGGAAACCGUGGAGCUGCACAACAUGCUGGAAAGGAUAGAAUGGUCUAAAACUUUCAAAGGAAAAUACUUCAACUUCAUUGGAUAUUUCUUCUCCCUGUACUGUAUAUGGAAAAUAUUUAUUUGCACCAUCAACAUUGUCUUUGAUCGGGUUGGGAGAGUGGACCCUGUAACGAGAGGAAUGGAGAUUGCGGUCCACUACAUGGGAUUUGAUGUCGACGUGAAGUUCUGGUCUCAGCACAUUUCCUUCAUCCUUGUUGGGAUCAUUGUGGUCACCUCUAUACGGGGUUUGCUGAUAACACUCACAAAGUUUUUCUAUGCAAUAUCAAGUAGCAAGUCAUCCAACAUCAUUGUUUUGGCCCUUGCCCAGAUCAUGGGGAUGUACUUUGUCUCCUCUGUGCUCCUCAUCCGUAUGAACAUGCCAGCCGAAUACAGGUCCAUCAUUACGGAGGUCCUGGGAGACCUUCAGUUCAACUUUUACCACCGCUGGUUUGACGUCAUCUUCCUCGUCAGUGCCUUGUCCAGCAUCGGCUUUCUGUACCUGGCCCACAAACAAGGACCUGAACGGGACGCAGUGCAGCCCUGAGAUGGAGUUUCAAUAUGCCAUAGUGUGUUUGUGUUAAAAUGUGUGUCUAUUGACCAGCUGCCAGCAGCAGAGGUGUGAAAUGUUUCAGCCCCAAGUGAUUGUUGUUUGUGUGAUACUGUCACAUUAUCAAAUAAAUGCUAGCUAUUUUUCAUCA